AUGUCGUUCAAUUACACAACUCAGAAGAGUAGUAAAAAAUACUUGAGGGUGAGGUGUGUAGAUCGUACUUGCCGGUGGAUGCUGCGCGCAUGUGCUAUCGAAGAAUCGAGUUGGUUUCACGUCCACAAGUACGUGGGAGAGCAUACUUGUGGCGUUGAUCAUGUCACGGAAAAGCACAAAAAUAUCACCGUGGAGGCUGAGUUAUUAGAAGUGUUGGAUGGCAGGCGUCAUUGCGAAGAACAUAGUUCGAGGUUCUAUGAGGAGUCUGGCAGGUUUAUUUACUACUUUAUGGCAUUUGGAGCUUCCAUCCGUGGAUAUGCACACAUGAGAAAGGUCGUUGCCGUUGAUGGCACGCAUUUAUUAGGCAAGUACAAAGGCGUUCUGCUUUCCGUUGUCACUCAAGAUACGCAGAAUCAUAUCUAUCCCUUAGCGUAUUGUGUGGUGGAUAAGGAGAACGAUGAGUCGUGGGGCUUCUUCUUUGAGAAGCUUAAGGCCUUUGUUGUCGACGAACCGGAGCUGUGCAUUAUCUCCGAUAGACACGCGUACACGUUGGAAGAAUUUAAUGACUACUUCAACGCCCUUAAAGAAAGAUGCCCCAGCGCAGCAGCUUGCCUCGAGCAUGAAGUAGGAUUUGAAAAGUGGAGUCGGGCUCACUUUCCAGGCAAUCGAUUCAACAUCAUGACCUUAAACAUCGCCGAGUCGCUCAACUCAAUGUUGUGCGAUGAAGGAGAGUAUCCAGUGGCGGCCAUUUUCAAUUUAAUUGCACAUAAAUUUGGAGAAAUAUUCAGGAAGAGGUAUGCGAAGGUAAACAAUUCAAAGACAACCUUCGUUUUCGUAGCUGAGACGAUCUUGAGGGAAAACAUGACCGAGAGAGACAAAUUAUAUGUGAACAACAUAAACAGAAGCACCGAUGAAUUCACUGUGCUUGGCUACGGUCGUUCCAAAAAAGUUUAUCUUUCGAGAAGGUCAUGUUCUUGCAUAAAGUACGACUUGAUGAAAUUGCCAUGCGCUCAUGCAAUGGCAGCGUUGCAUUUGAAACAUGGGGACGAAUACGGCACUAGUAUUUACAACUACUCUUCGCAAAUAUAUUCGAAAGAAUCAUACCUCAUUGCAUACUUGGAACCUAUUUGUGCAGCACCACUUGAGUAG